AUGUACAACAUCCACCAAACCACCGCCAAAGACAUUUUAAAAGAUUUAAAUUUAUUAUUGAAAUUUGAAAAUCCUCAAGAUAAAUAUCAAAUACGUAAUCAACUCAUACAAAUAAUGAAAAAUAAUCAUUUAUUUAAUCCAAAUAGUUUUUAUUAUCAUCCCUACGAUCCGAACAUAUACGAAGGUUCACCAUCGUUUCGUUCAAACACGGUCGGAUUGAGAGAUAAUAACAAAUUGGAAGAUUCCAAUAAAAACGGCGGGGGUAAAUAUUUAUCACCACCAUCAUCAUCAUCAUCAUCAUCACCGAUUGAAAAUGUCAACAAUUUAAAUCGUAUAUUGGGAGAAGUCGAAAGCGUACUCAAAGGAAAACCGGCUAAUGUAGAUGAAGUUGAUGUUACGGAUGUGAUGAAUCAAAAAGAAUUAAACGAUACCGCAGCCAUAUUGUUACAAAAAGAAAUGACCGCCGCACCGGAUACGAUAAAAACUAAAAUAGAUAAAUACGUUAUUCCGGUUUUGUCGGAAUUAUCCGACGCUUUGGGAACAAUCAACAAAACGGACAUUUAUAACGCUCACAACGGUAACGUAAAUUCAAACCAGACGACAACAAAUGUUGGCAACGGUACGAAUUUAACAAACGGUACGACUUUAACGAACGGUACGAACAAUUUAACUAAUGGUACGAACAAUAUAACCAAUGGUACCAACGUUAACAAAACGUCAACAUCGAAAAAAGCGGAUUCCGCUAAAUUACACAAUAUGAAAAUAGAUCGGGGUUGCAUUCCUCAAGGUCUAUGGUCGAGUAAUUCAUUAGGAAUCGAUUUAAAUUUAACAAUUUUACCCAAUUUAAUGUUAAAAAUAGAACUUAAAUCUUUAAAAAAAAGUGGAAUCAUUGAUAAAAAUUGGUUUUUGGAAGGUAUAUCAAUGUCGAAAAAAGGGGGACCACUUAUUAUCAUUGGUCUCGAUCCUCCUAAACGAAAAAUUGCCGUUUUUAUCGGUCAAUGUAAAAUUUGUCAAAGUGAAGAUUAUCUUUUUGGCGUUUGGACAUUUUCUAACUGUGCUGCAAAAUGUACAGAUGUAUGGUCAGCAAUGGAAUCAAAAAUGGAUGUUUUUAAAAGGAUUUGCGCAGAAAAUAAAUGA